AUGACUGCACCCGACCAACUUACUCAUUUUACCAACUUCUCCGGCCGCGACUUUGACGAAUACGUGCUUGACCUUCCGCAGAACUCGACGGGAUGCCAGCAGCCCGGCGUGCUACCUGUGCCCUUGGCAAUGAACGAUACCUGCUAUCCCGGAUGGCUGUGCCUAAACUCCGAUGACGACCAUCCUCCCCAGUAUUGCCCGCCGACUCCGGAAUGUCAAGCCAAACGAAUGACAGAGAUGGUCUGCGCGGAGCCGCAAGGCUUCUACGAGCCCAAGAUCUGCGACAAUGGCCAUUACUGCCCGGAGGGAGGUAAAAAACAGAUCGCUUGCCCGAAAGGCACAUUCUGUCCCACUGGCUCUGUCGCCCCGCUCAAUUGUUCCACUGGAGCAGUCUGCCCCGAGCAAAGCCACAAGCAAAUAUUCGUGAUUCCCGUUGCUAUCGUGUGUGCGCUUGACGUCUUGCUACUCGCCGCUGUUGGUGCUUCAUACGUCAUCCGCCGCUACCAAUACAAACGCUACCGCCGCAAAUACCGCUGGUUCAAUCAGUUCGAUGGAGCGAUGGAUGACUUUUCUCCAUAUGCAAGGCUGUUUGGGAGGAAGCUUGCACAGCAAACCCCACCGGCAGCUGAGACGUGCACCCCCUCUGAUUCAGAUGCAGCCUCCAUCGAGACCGGGUCUGGAGGUCGGCGGGCUUUGUCUCGGGUGGACAACAUGGACGGACAUGUAAACCACGCCAUUGACGAUGGGAUUGAAGAAGAUUCCGACUCUUCUCCGGAGAUACGCCUAUUCCUCCAGUCAAUGGCUCGUGCAAUCGACACCUCAUCUACUGGCCUUGCUUUCGAUUUUGAAAACUUGACCUUCAAGACGAAGAAAGGCCAAACGAUACUGGACCACGUCUCUGGCUCUAUCCCGAAAGGAAGCUGCUGGGGAAUCAUUGGAGGCAGCGGUGCCGGGAAGACGACUCUGGUCAACACCCUCAUGGGGAAGCAGCGUGCGACAAGCGGGACUAUCAAGAUCAACGGUUCGCGAAAGUGCGUUUCGCGAUACAGGAAACUCAUCGGCUACGUUCCGCAAGACGAAAUUGUCUUCCCCGAACUCACCGUUCGUGAAAACAUCUUGCACUCCGCUCGCUGCAGAUUGCCGAGUCGCUGGACUGAUACAGCCAUCCAGGAGCACGUGGACAGCUUGAUCGCCUGUCUCCAGCUUACACAUGUUCAGCACAAGCGAGUGGGUGAUGAGAGGAAACCAGUCAUCAGCGGUGGCCAGCGCAAACGAGUCAACAUCGGAAUGGAGCUUGUCGCCGCUCCAAUGGCAAUCUUUCUCGACGAGCCCACGAGCGGGCUAGACGCCUCAAGCGCAUUGGGCGUAAUGCGCCUCCUCCGAGCAAUCUCUAGACUGGGCGUCACGAUUGUUGCCAUUGUUCACCAGCCGAGAGAAACGAUCUUCAAUGCCUUCGAUCACCUCCUGGUCCUUGCUGAAGGCCACUCAGUGUACUCUGGUCCAACCGAGAAUGUACACGAGUACUUCGUGGCUUUGGGUUUUGCAUUCGCAUCGGAAGGAAAUCCUGCUGAUAUUGUCAUGGACAUCACCACUGGUCCCGGGGCGCAGCGUUAUGUCGGCGCCAUGAGGAGAAGCGUGGGUGCAGAUAUGCAUCGAAGAGCAGAUGCUGUUAGUGCGAUGAGGCCUCAUAACCUCACACUGCCUCUUGCCUUGUCUGCCGACCAAGAAGCAUCCCUCACCAGAACGAUCAAAGCCCGCGGAGCCUCCUGGCCAGUCCAAGUCUACUACUGCCUCUGCCGCGCCACGGUCCAGCAAGUCCGCAAUUCCACCUCCCUCUGCUUCGAGAUCGGCGUGGCCGGCCUUGCGGGAAUCCUCAUGGGCCUCUCCGCCUACACUGCCGGUGGACACCUCUUUCAAGGCAUCUAUCAGGGCAGCUUCGCCCAGCUGAGCUCAGCAGUCGAUUACGACAGUACGCCACAGCUCGGUCUCCUCGGCGGCAUGGCCAUCGGACUUGCUGCCUCCGCUCCAGGCUUCUGGGUGUUCGGUGAAGAGAAGCUGAUGUACUGGCGUGAAAGUGCCGCCGGCCACUCACCGUCUGCAUACUACACGGGCAAACUGCUGAGCACCUUUCCUCGCAUCACACUCAGCGCCCUCCACUUCACCAUCUUCCUCUACCUCCUCGCCGCACCGCUCAUGCCCUUCAUGCGCAUGUUUGUGGCAAACUUGUUCUACUUUUGGUGCGUGUACGGGCUCGCAUCGGUCGUCAGCAUGCUCGUGAAGCGCGAGAACGGGCCGCUAAUUGCCGUGCUUGCAUCACUCAUCAUUGGAGUUCUGGGUGGCGUUGCUCCGCCAUUGAAGACCGUGAUGAAGUGGCAUAUGGGCUGGUUUUGGAGGAUGAGUCCUGGCGUGUGGUUUACGGAGGCCUACUUUACGGAGAACUUGAUGCCGAUGGCGUAUUUGUACCAGCUGCAUCUUGCUGAGGCGGCGACGGGGUUCACGCUUGGACAGUACUCUCUGGAUGUUGGCAUGCUCUUCGCCAUCGGCCUUGUCUAUCGCGUUCUUGCGUUUCCUCUCAUGUUGCUGAUGCACCGUGACAAACAACGGUGAGUGGGCUUCUUCGACGCAUGGCAAGGUAUAUGCGCUAAUCAGAUUCGCUACUCUGCAGGGCUGGCAACAGGGUGGCGUCAGCU